CUUGGUGCGGCUACUCUCCGUAAGUUAAAAAGGGCCUAUUCUUCUAUCGUAGCUGCAGCUACUGUGCUCAGAGUUGAGCAAGUAUAUGAUCGCAGUACGGAUGGAGUGUCUUCCCCAGGAGAUGGACGGCAGGCCCCUGACUGUGUACAAGACAGCUGCUACCAGAGGUGCCCAGACAGAAGAAACGCCGUCUCCCCACCCCUGUCGAUCAGAGUCUUCUUCGUUCAAGAUCUAUGUGGACAAUCUUCCCUGGAAAGUGAGCAACUCAAACCUGAAGCAGCUGUUCAGUUACUAUGGUGAAGUGGUCGGUGCCAAAGUUGUUUACCACCGCGGAAGAGAAGCCGGGCGCUCCCCAUUCGGUUUUGUCACGAUGGCGACGCGGCAGGAAUCGGAGAAUGCCAUUUGGCACCUCAACAAGCAGGUUUGGUGGGGACGCAAACUGCGAGUGCAAGUCGCAAGAGAGGAAGGGACACGGUGAGGGUUUUAGGUGCUGGGCUUUGCAGGUUUAGGUAGGAGCAUCAUAGCACGCGUGAUACUGGUCUAGAUUCAGAGCCUCCAUCAGCUUUCUU